CAAUGCAACACGAGCAAGUGUGGAUUGGCUGGUGCCCCCGGCCUUAGAGACUGUUGCCAACAACAUUUCCUGCCGAAAUUAACCGCAGAUCCCGGGACACGAGUCGGUCCUCGCCGAACCGAACCGUGAGCCAGAGAGAACCUGGAUGCAUACUAUGCCUCGAGGGAGUGCAUCGAGUAAUCGUUCCAAUGGAAGCGAUGGAGAAAUGGAAGGGCUUGCUGAAAGUGAGUUGGGAAAGCUGCAGCAUCAGUUCAGAAUCAUGGAGGGAGAUCGGCAGGCAUAUACCCUGGAGUCCCAGGAGCUGCUGAGGAAACAGUUGGCAGAUAUCGAGAAAAUGAAAAAGGAUCGCGAGGAGUUAAUGUUAAAUCUACAGCUUUUGGAGAGCAAACACAAUCAGCAGCAGGACCAGGAGGACAUGGAAAGUAUUCAGAACAGCUUGAGUUACCAGGAGAAGCUGGAGGAACAAAUCACCAAUGAGAAGCAAAGUAUCAAGGAUCUGGAAGUGGAGAUAAAGGUCUUGGAGCAAAAAAUCUUCGAGCAGAAGAAGAGGUUGUGUACAGGUGUUAACGUUAAAGCAAUGAAUGAACAGCUGACGAAGAACAUUGGGGUCAUGGAGGACCGUCAGGACAGGGCACUGAGGAAAUUCAAUACCCAGCUGAUGAGAAAUGGACAGCUGAGGAAACAAAUUGACAUACUGCGUGUUGAGCGUUCAAGGUUUGAGCAGCUCUACAGGAAGCUGGAAAAAGAACUUCUUGAGACUCGGAAGGAAAUCGGUUCCGUGAUUGACAUUUCGACAGCCGCCUAUGAUGCCAGGGAUGAAGCACAGACAAAGAUGCUUCAAUUGAAGGAGAAGGCAGAGAAGGACCUGGCACUGCAUGCAGCCGAGAUGAAAGAACUUCAGCGAGUCAUUGACCAUGAUAAAAAGCUGAAGGAGUUCAUGGCAAUUAAAGCUCAGGAGCGCUCUGGUGAAGAUGAAGCUUUAUAUGGCAUCUACAAGAAAGACCAGGAUGCUGCGAGAAAGAGAAAAGACCCAAAGGAGGAGACUAUGGAGAUGUAUGAGGCCGUCUUUCAGCAGAUCCGUGCACUCACAGGGGAGGACAACUUGGAUGCACUGGUCGCAAUGUUUGUUGAAGUGGAAGAUCGUAACUUUGCACUGUUUAAUUACAUCAAUGAGCAGAACAGUGAAGCUGAGAAACAGCAGGAGGAGAUUGUGGAUAUCCAGGCACAGAUUGAAGCCUUCAAAUCACAGGAGAUGCAACUGGAACAAGAUCGUAAACGUGUCAUGCAGAAGAUUGAAACUCAACAAGAGGAACUGAGCAAACAAUGCGAGUUAUACGAGAGCAGGCUCACAGUGGGCAAAAAAAUACUGGAUCAACUCAAAACUGGAAUUGAAUCAUUGUUUAACAAAAUAAACUGUGAUCGAUCAAUAUUGGAUGAAAUGUUGGGAUCUUCAUCUGGAAUUCGAGAUAACAACGUGAUGCAGUAUCUGGGCCUCAUUGAGCAGCGUACCAAUGAGUUAUUAUCCAUCCAAUCCUACCUUUUAUCCAAGGAUUAUGACCAGCCUUAUGACCCACGGAAAACUGCUAUGCUGCUGAUGGGUCAGAGUUUGGAGAAUCCCACUCAGCCAGUCUACAUUGAACCUCCUACCACAGGAAAUGAUUAUGACAGCGAUGUUGACUCUCCAGUGACCGAUGAAGAGGAGAGGCCCCUGACUCAGAAUGAACUACGGCAAAGAAUAAUGAAAGGAGUGAUGAAGAAAGAAGCUAAGGCAUUGAAGAAAAUAGACCGCUCUCUUCAAAAAUCCUGAAAUGUUCAAAGGAUCAACUAAGAAACUUUUUUUUUUUUUUUUAAUUUCAAAAGAAACUUUUUUUUUUUCUUUUUUUUCCAA